CGUAGGUGUCCAGGAAGCGCCCCUGCACGACGUCUCCGUGCUGCGCAGCCUCUCGCUCCAGGGCGGCCUGCUGGGAGGGCUCCGGAGGCAGCCCCACGGCGAAGAAGGUCCGGACGGGAUGCCCGGCGGCCCAGCGCGCCCCGCCCCAGGUGUUGCGCACGGCCUGGCGCCGCGGGGCGUGGGAGGGGGCGCUGGCCACCAGGACGAGCAAGAAGGGGGCCCGGGGGGCACAGGCCUCGGCAGAGGGCACCAGGAGGAAGGCCUCGGCAGAGGGCAGGAGGGGGGCGCUAACGGCGCGCCUCCCGCCGCCGGUGGCCAGAAGGAGGGAGAGGAAUUCUUCGUGGACCCCGCUGGCCACGAAACUGCCCAGGGCGACGACCACCAGGCCAGCCAGCAGUCCCCACUGCAGCCGGUGAGAUCGGGGGCAGCACCGCUUGGGCCAGGAGGGCAGCGCCAGCGUCGUCGCCAUGGGGAAGAAAGAUGGGGCGGAACGCAGACCUUGAAAGAGAGAGGGAUACAUUUGGGGGGUGAAGGCUGAGGGAGAACCAUCUGAAGUAUCACUGGAAAAAGCUGAGGAGCAGAUGCAGGAGCAGAAACUGAGGAGUCAAGAUGGAACAAAGAGACAAGGGGAGAGAGAGACUCACACAGGGGACAAACCUUAUAAAUGCUUGGAGUGUGGAAAGAGCUUCAUCUGGAGUAGUGCCCUUACUUCACAUCAAAGAACUCACACAGGGGACAAACCUUAUAAAUGCUUGGAGUGUGGAAAGAGCUUCAGGUGGAGUAACGCCCUUACGGUUCAUCAAAGAACUCACACAGGGGACAAACCUUAUAAAUGCUUAGAGUGUGGAAAGAGCUUCAGGUGGAGUAACGCCCUUACGGUUCAUCAAAGAAUUCACACAGGGGACAAACCUUAUAAAUGCUUGGAGUGUGGAAAGAGCUUCAGUGACAGCAGCACCCUUACUUCGCAUCAAAGAACUCACACAGAGGACAAACCUUAUACAUGCUUCGAGUGUGGAAAGAACUUCAGGUGGAGUAGCAGCCUUACUCAACAUCAAAGAACUCACACGGGACAAACCUUAUCAAUGCUUGGAGUGUGGAAAGAGCUUCGGUAAGAGGGGCCACCUUACUUCGCAUCAGAGAACUCACACAGGGGACAAACCUUAUCAAUGCUUGGAAUGUGGAAAGAGCUUCAGGCAGAGUAGCACCC